AUGAAAGGAUCAAACGAUUUUGGUGGUGUUCUUAUCGCUAUCCACAAAUCAAUCAACGCACAACGAGUAAAAUCUUUUGACGAUAUCGAAAAUUUAAUUGUUCUAGAGAUAGGCGAGGGCUCAAGUCGGUUUCAACUGGUCACUUGUUACUCGCCGCCACUCGAAGAAAUACCUUUCGAUAUUUUUGAUCAAAUCUUAGCAAGGAACAAACGCACCAUUCUUACUGGUGAUCUUAACGCAAAGCACCGCGCUUGGUCAAAGUCAGUUGAAAAUCCAAAAGGUUUAAAAUUGUUCAAGUGGUUAACACGUGACAAAUCACAUUGUGCACUGAACGUCAUCAACAAAUUUGUCCCCACGUCAACACGCUCGAUCGCCACAAUCGAUCUUGUAAUAGCACCCACAUUUCUCGCCAACAACACUUUCUCAGUUCUUCCAUCGAUUGGUAGUGAUCACCAUCCGGUCAUCUGGCACUCAUCCAUCGAAGCAAGCACCAAACACAUCUUACACCCCAUCAAGCGCACCCGAUGGAAACUUCUCGAAAUCUUCCUCACCUUUACGGGAUCAUUUUGGCAAUCUCUUGCUUCGACAAUGUCUCACUCAGCGGAUUAUUUCACUCUUUAUGAGCGUUUCCUAUCAUUAGCUGCCAGUCGGGUCACUUUCGUCUCGCAUCAACAAGCAUUUAAACCGUCGUUACCACCUGAAUUAGUGAAAGCUAUCGAACACAAACGAUCAAUACUCAAACUUUACCGUCGAACGGGGCAUCCGUUCUUCGUAAAUGCACUCCGGAGUAUGACCAAGAUCGUCCAGAAACAACUGUUCGAACAUAAGAGAAACAGCUGGAUGGAGUACUGCAACUCCUUCAAUGAAGGCAAUGUCAAAUCUUUCUGGAAAAAGACCAAACACCAUUUCAAGAACAAAAGUGAAUCAAUCGAAGGUUUUAUCAACAGCAACAACAGCACCAUAACUACCUUACCAGCGGAUAUGUGCAAAAUCGCAAAGGAUUUCUACAGCGAACAAUUCACCAACCACACAAGUUCGCACACAAACAUUGAAGUUCAAGCGGAAAAGGUGGAAAAGGAAAUCGAAGAAGCGCUCCGCAACUCGCCACCAGCACAUAUCGAAAUCGCUUUCGAUCAGCUUCGGCAUGCCAUUAAAACAUUAAAGAACAAGAGUUCCUGUGGUCUAGACGGAGUCUCAAACAAGAUACUCAAACUUUUACCACCAAACCAUCUGACAACAGUCCACUCGUGCAUGAACAAUUUCGCACGUACACUGAAAACACCUGAUAAUUGGCACAUUGCUCGAAUGAUCUUGCUGUCGAAAGCCAAAUCAAAAACUAUCAAAAUCGAUGAAACUCGGCCCAUCUCAUUACUGUCGUGCUUUUCAAAGAUCUUCGAAAAAUGUUUUAUGAUCCAAUUUAGACAAUGGAUACACGAUCAAGGUAUUCUACCUGCAGAACAAAGCGGUUUUCGUCCCGGCCAUAAUAUGGCAGUUCGCCUAGUUUCUAUUGUAGAUCAGAUAGGCCAAUGCCUUUCUAAGAACACGGCAGCAGCUGCACUCUUCGUCGACUUCCGUUCAGCUUUCAACCAAACCUGGUUUGGUGGACUUUGGCUAAAGCUGAACAACUUGCAUUGUCCACUGCACUUCAUCGCCUGGUUACGGCACUACAUGAAAGACAGAAAGGCUUAUAUCGACAUUAAAAAUUCGACAUCCGACCUAUUCAUACUCGAAAAAGGCGUCCCUCAAGGCAGUUGCAUCGGGCCGCUGUUGUUCAUUGUGUACCAUUUCGACAUUCUCGAAUCAUUAAAAACCAUCCAUUACAAACAUCUUUUCGCCGACGAUUUAGCUAUUGUAAUCGCACCAUCACCCUAUUUGGCGUCAGCAAGCAUGAUUCUAGACCUUACGGAGCAAAUCAAACAAGUUCUUAAACAUCUAAUCGAUUAUGCUAACAAAUGGAAACAACCGAUCAAUUUUAGCAAAACAUUUUGGACAUUAUUCCACCGUCAAGUUGCUCCGAAAACACCUAGCAUCGAAUUCGAAGGUCAAACAAUCCAUCACACCAAAAAUUUUAAAUAUCUUGGAACGAUCCUAGACGCAAAACUAUCUUUUUCAGAGCAUAUUGAUUACAUCAAGGCAAAGCUACAGUCGAACCUGAACAUCUUCAAAAAACUAGCUUACAGUCGUAUGCUUAACGAAAAAUCGAAAUCUCGGCUAUUCAACGCUUUCAUCAGACCUCACUUUCAAUCACUGCUCAACGUCUAUCCAAUUCUCUCACCGUCUAAACAAAAGUCGCUAGAAGGUUUUAAUCGUAAAAUCUACAGAACAAUGCAUCUUUGGUUUGACGCUAGAAAUAUUGAAAUUGAACAUCUUCCGACGUAUCAAUCAAUAUCGAAUUUGGUAAAUAAACAUUGGGACAAACUAUCGGCAACGAUUUUGCGCACCAACCCAGAUAUUAUCGAAGAUUUUCUACAACACAAGCUCUCAAUAUUAUAUAUGAGAGAAUACUUAACAAACCCGACAUUAUCUGACAAACGGAAAAAGAUCUUUAGAAAAGGAAGAAUCGGUAAAAACAUCCGUAAAUUAAUUACCGAGAACAAGCUCUCUCUGUUCGAUCACGUUCUCUGCUACAAGUCGUGA